AUGGCGACAUCUUCAAGACGCGAAAGCGGACCUGUCCUCCUCCUCAGUUCGCUCUCUCCCUCCGAUAGAUUCUAUUCUCACGCGCCGCCGUGUUCCACCACAGUCUUUGCCACCUCAACGCCGACUCGCGCCACCGUUGCUAGCCGCGCGUCUUCCGUCAGGCUUUCUCCGGGUCGGUCGUUCUCGGCUCGUACCGGUCAGUCGCCGAAGCGCGCUUGUUCGUGCUCCCCAACGAACCAUCCAGGAUCCUUCCGGUGCGGACAACACAAAGGAUUCGGUACGACUAGUGCGCACGCGCCGUCUCCGAGCAAUCGUAUGCAGGGGAGGCGGUCAGUGAUGACGAACUCUGUGGUGAAGCGAGCACUCGCCGUUCUGACUCGGCCGUUGUCACACAGCCAAAGCCGGAGGGCUAACUUCAAGCCCCAACCAAGCGGUCUCUCUGUCAUGUCAAAGGCCAACUUGUAA